AUGAAUAAUACGUACAGAUCAAACCUAAAACGAAUUAGAGAUCUCUUACUAUCCGAUACAAUUGAAGAUGAUUACGUUACUGGUGAAGAUUCUGAUUCAGAUAAUGAUUCUGAUUCUGUGUCUAUUGAAUCAGAUCAUACAUCUACAAAUGAACAUAUAUCAGAAGAAUCUGAUAUAUCAAAUUCGGAUGAUGAUGAUCAAUGUGAUGCUUACACAGAUGAUCAACCAGAAACAUUAGAAAAAGCAGGUAUUAUAUGGUCAAUUCAUGCUAAUCCGGCACAAGGACGAAUACCGGUUGCUAAUAUUAUUAAAACAAAACCAGGACCAAUUACCAAGGUUCAAACGAUUUUGGAUGCAUUUAAACUUUUCUUGACACAUGAAAUUCUGGACGAAGUUGUUAUUCAAACAAAUCGUUACGCAGAACACAAGUCGAGUAAAUGGAAACUGAUUGAUCGUAUUGAAUUAGAAUCAUUUAUUGGAUUAGUAGUUCGAGCUGGUUUACAUAGAAAUAAUCAUGAAUCUCUCAGUGAUUUAUGGGACAUUAGUCAGAGCUCUCCAUUGUAUCGAGCUACAAUGUCUCUUCAACGUUUUAGGCAAUUUCUUCAAUUUCUUCGAUUUGACGAUCGACAAAAUUAUGAUAAGACCGAUCGUUUAUCACCCAUCAGAUAUAUAUUUGAAUUGUUUAUCAAACAACUUCCUCGACAUUUUGUACCCGGUGAAAAUUUAACAGUUGAUGAACAGCUAGUUCCUUUUCGAGGUUGCUGUUGUUUCAUGCAAUAUAUGCCAAAUAAGCCGGCUAAAUAUGGGUUAAUGUUUUGGUUAUUAUGUGAUGCGGAUAGUCGAUAUGUAUUAUCAAUUGAUCUAUAUACUGGAAAAAAAGAUAAUAUAAUCCAAAAAAAUCUAGUGAGUAAUGUUGUUCUUCAUUUAGUUGAUCAAUUACCAAACGAUGUGAAACAAGGCCGUACCAUUACAUUUGAUCGUUAUUUUACGGAUGUCAAAUUAUCUGAAGCUUUGCUGAACCGGAAGAUGACUUCUAUUGGUGUAGUUGAUUAUCGACGUGUUUUUUUUGCCGAAUGA